AGAGCGAGGGCAGGUCCCGCGCAGGCGAGGGGCGAGCGCCCGCCCGGCUCUGCAGCCCCCGGGUCGCGGCCUGGCACAGAAGUCUUUGCGGUUGUUCUUACACAGAGGUACUCGCUUGAGGGGUGAAUUCUUGAUUCUUCAUGCAGUUAUGGAUUUGGAUAAACCAUCUGUUUGGGGCUCAUUAAAACAGCGGACCAGGCCAUUGCUAAUGAACUUGAGCAAGAAGAAGAUGAAGAAGAACACAAACAAACUCUUAGACCUGCGGGCCAGGCAUCACCUGGACCGGCGGCUCAGCCUGUCUGUACCUGACCUUCUGGAGGCUGAAGCCUUGGUUCCUGAAGGCCACCCUUACACGGGACCCCAGUCCUCCUACACCUCAGUGCCCAACAGCCUGUCCACAGCAGGGAUCGUGCCCAAGAGUAGCAGCAGCUCCUUGAAACAGUCUGAAGAAGAACUGGAUUGGAGCCAGGAGGAAACAAGCCAGCUGCAUGCAGUGGAUACGGACUCAGAGGAGAUCUACACCUCUCUCACGGAGGAGACCUGGACCUCCAGCCAGGGCCUCUCGGAUCCCCAGAGAGCUCCUCUGGGAGUGGAUGUGCCUGAAGAGCCAGAGAAACUGCCGGGCAACGGUGACUUGAACGCUUCCAUGACAUCUCAACAUUUUGAAGAACAAUCUGCUCCUGGGGAAGCCGGUGAUGGCCUGAGCCACCUCCCCAGCCCUUUCGCGUACCUUCUCACCAUCCACCUGAAGGAAGGCCGCAACCUGGUGGUCCGGGAUCGCUGCGGCACGAGCGAUCCCUAUGUGAAAUUCAAGCUGAAUGGGAAGACACUGUACAAAAGUAAAGUCAUAUAUAAGAACUUAAACCCCGUUUGGGAUGAGAUAGUAGUGUUGCCAAUACAAAGCCUUGAUCAGAAGCUGCGUGUGAAGGUGUACGAUCGAGAUUUGACCACGUCUGACUUCAUGGGGUCUGCAUUUAUUGUUCUCAGUGACCUUGAGCUGAACAGAACAACUGAACGUAUUUUAAAAUUGGAAGAUCCAAACAGUUUGGAAGAUGACAUGGGAGUGAUAGUGUUAAAUUUGAACCUAGUAGUAAAACUAGGUGAUUUCAAGCGACAUCGUUGGUCAAAUCGGAAGCGCUUAAGUGCUAGCAAGUCCUCUUUGAUACGCAACCUACGGCUCUCAGAGUCCUUGAAAAAGAACCAGCUCUGGAAUGGGAUUGUAAGCAUAACUUUACUGGAAGGGAAAAAUGUCUCAGGAGGAAACAUGACUGAGAUGUUUGUUCAGUUAAAACUGGGAGAUCAAAGGUACAAAAGUAAGACACUGUGUAAGAGUGCAAAUCCGCAGUGGCAGGAACAGUUUGACUUUCACUACUUCUCUGACAGGAUGGGCAUUUUGGACAUUGAAGUAUGGGGAAAGGAUGGCAAAAAACACGAGGAGCGUCUGGGCACGUGUAAAGUAGACAUUGCUGCACUCCCGUUGAAGCAAGCCAACUGCCUGGAGCUACCUCUGGAGAGCUGCCUGGGGACUCUCGUAGUGUUAAUCACGCUGACGCCCUGUGUGGGAGUCUCUAUCUCUGAUCUGUGCGUCUGCCCCUUAGAGGACCCAAGUGAAAGAAAGCAGAUCUGCCAGAGAUACUGCCUACAGAACUCCUUGACAGAUAUGAAGGAUGUUGGCAUUUUACAAGUCAAGGUUCUAAAGGCGGUAGAUCUCUUAGCAGCAGAUUUCUCAGGGAAGAGUGAUCCUUUCUGUUUGUUGGAGUUAGGCAAUGACCGGCUGCAGACACAUACCAUUUACAAAAACCUCAACCCUGAGUGGAACAAAGUUUUUACAUUUCCCAUUAAAGAUAUCCAUGACGUUUUGGAGGUGACAGUCUUCGAUGAAGAUGGAGAUAAACCCCCCGAUUUUCUCGGAAAAGUUGCCAUUCCCUUGCUGUCUAUUAGAGAUGGAGAGCCAAAUUGUUAUGUGUUGAAGAACAAAGAUUUAGAACAAGCCUUUAAGGGAGUUAUUUACUUAGAAAUGGAUCUCAUAUAUAAUCCGGUCAAGGCCAGUAUUAGGACCUUUGCUCCCAGAGAAAAGCGCUUUAUUGAAGAUAACCGCAAGCUGUCCAAAAAGGUAGGUUCAUACACUGUGGAUGACACAAAGCAGUUAAAUAUANNNAUAUGGAAUACUCUUCAGUUCCUUAAAAGCUGCUUCCAGUGGGAGUCCACCCUAAGAAGUUCAGUAUCAUUUGUGGCAUUUUUGAUCACUGUGUGGAAUUUCGAGCUCUAUAUGAUCCCCCUGGCAUUGCUGCUGCUAUUUUUCUACAAUUUCAUCAGGCCCUUGAAGGGAAAGGUCAGCAACAUCCAGGAUAGCCAGGAGAGCACAGACCUCGAGGAAGAGGAAGACGAGGAUGACAAGGAAUCUGAGAAAAAGGGGCUAAUUGAGAGAUUCUACAUGGUACAGGAUAUUGUGUCAACUGUUCAAAACAUCUUGGAGGAAAUAGCCUCUUUUGGGGAAAGAAUUAAAAACACCUUUAACUGGACAGUUCCCUUCCUUUCUUUGCUGGCCUGUCUCAUUCUGGCAGUGGCUACCAUCAUUCUGUACUUGAUUCCACUGCGGUACAUCAUUUUACUCUGGGGCAUCAAUAAAUUUACUAAGAAGCUCCGAAAUCCCUAUUCCAUCGACAAUAAUGAGCUACUAGACUUUCUCUCCAGGGUACCGUCAGAUGUUCAAAAGGUGCAGUACUCAGAACUGAAACUGUGCAGCAGCCACAGCCCCCUGCGGAAGAAGCGCACGACGCUAGGGCCACACUGACUUCCAACCCGGCACUCUGUGUCGUGCGGUUGAUCAGACCAAUGUCAUAGCGGCUUCAGUGGUACCCAGGGCGUUCUCUUCUUCUGAUGCAAACACACGAGCACCUGCUCAUGCAGCCCUACACAGGAUUCUAGUUGCGUUAGAGUCUCAGCCCAGCCGACAGAUCCAACCCCUAGACUGUGGAAGACUCAAAUCCAACCACAAAUAGGAAAUGAAGCAAGGCUUCCAUGGGAAGUGGCUGAAUGUCCUCCAAGAGAUCCACCAGGAGACCACGUGGACUCAAGAGUGACUCCGAACUUGUUUUCACACCUCCUACAGAUUCUAAUGAAGAGGCAGUCACUUCCAUUCUCCACCCACACUCUCUUCUCAGAUUUUUGCUCCAGUAAGCUUCUUCAGAGUAAACAGCUCUUUGGUGACUCUGGUCUGUCUGGAUAAUAUAUAUUAUAGCAAGUCUUUAAUGGUUGCCAGAAUCAACCCAGAUCUUUAGAAGGCCUUCAACUGCUAUCACAAAAGAUAUGCAUGCGAAUUUUGCGUGAUGUUCUGGUGCUGGCUGAGGCGCCACCACAGCCCAUUGCUGGCAAUGGGUGUCCCAAGACCCUCUUGGAAAGAGUGAGGGCUCACGAAAGUUUUCAGUUGCUUUAAAAUACUUUUUCUUUUGGCCUACUCUGUUUAUUUCCAAAACAAAACCUCAGUAUAUGGCUUCAGAAAGCUGGUUGGGAAGAAUGAAUGCCUUCGAGUAGUUAAAAGUAUAUUAAGCUAGAAACUAAUACAUGGGCUACUUGCCUAAGUAUCAUAAUCAUUUCAUUUGUCUAAAUGUUUUGAGCUGAAAGUUAAAGCACUCUGGCCAUCUAACUUUAUAUUUUAUUUAUCUUCAGGUCAAGAAUUAGCUAUAUCCUGUAGAAAACUGUUUUAGGACCAAAUUCUUAAAGACCAGACACCUGUACACCCUAUAAUUCUGCAGUACUCUUCCAUCAAGUAAAAAGUUUGAUUUAUACCUAUAUAAAAUUUAUGAUAAUAUCUUUCUUUUAAAAUAAUAUUUAAGUUUUACAGGCUAUAUUUUAUUAACACAUACUUUGUAUGUGCAGUUUUAUAUAUGUAUAUGUAUUGUAAAGAAAAGUUAACGGAAAAACCUAAUUUAAUAGUUUACUAUUUUUUUUUGUCUCUGGGUUGUAAUUUCAUUAUCGUCAAACAAAAUGUUUAUGAAAAAUGCCAAAGAUUCUAAACCUUAUCAUCUUGUGUCUGUUUUUCUUUGUGUUGUAUCUUCUUGGGUUUCUUUCUGGCUUAGCCAGAUUUCUGCAUGAUUUGAUUUACUUCAGGUUAAUGAAGCUGGCUGGAAAGGAGCUUUGCAGAAACGAUAAAAGCUCCAGUAAAUCUCAUCGCUGUACACACAAUAGAUGCCCAAGAACCCCUUUUGUUAUACCAGUUACUCAAUCUUCUGUGUAAACAAUACCUCAUUGUCGUGCUACCAACUAUCAUCCUGUUUAUCAUAGUCUGUCAUUUUGUAACGACCUAAAGCAGACAUUUUUAAGCAGACAUGUGAGAGAUCUGAUCUGUCAUUUGAAUGAAAACUUCAGGAGCCAAAUAACCCCUUAUUUACUUAAAAGUGGAACUGAUACUUUAUUGUUUCUUCUUUGCUGUAGAAUUGUAAGAUGAAAUUUUCCCUACGGAAGGCAUCAUUAGAUUUCUUUCUUCUGUAGUCCAACUGGAAUUCAUAGCAUGGUGUCUAGGGUGCAAACACCAGCUGGGUGCAAGGGCAAGGCCGGAUCAGCCUCUAAUAGGCUGUAUGUGGAAGACAGU